UGAAAUUUAUUAAUUAAACUACGAUCUUUUUUGUCUUAUUUUUAUAAGCUACUAUAUGGGUGAAACUGUCAAACUAGUUGGCAGUAUAAUUUAGAGGUUAUGUUUCUUUUAAAAAACUAACAAAUUUUCAUUAAUUUUUUUAUUCGUUUAUAAAAAUAUUGAACAUGGGUGAGAGGCAAGAAGGCCCGAUAUUACAAGAAUUAUUUAAACAUAUAAAAUUGGACUCGAAAAGCGGAAUUUGGUCAUGUUUGACACAACUUAAAAAUGAUUCAAAGUGUUACAAGCAAUUUGCCAAAGAUGGAGGAUUAGGCAUUUUAGUAAAUUUACUUCAUUGUCACAAUAUAAAAAUAUUGAAUAUGACUUUAAGUAUUUUAGCAAAUGCUUGCAUGAAUUCCGAUGCAAGAGAAAAGGUCAAAGGAUCUAAAAUAGCAACUCAUGUAAUUUCUAUAAUAAAACAUAUAAAACUAGGAAAUUCUUUGCAUUGUCGUGCUUGUAGAUUAAUUGGUAAUUUAUCUGAAUGUGAUUGGCAUGCAAAAUCAUUAUGUAAAGCUGGAGCAAUACAAGCUUUAGUUGAUCUUUUACAAUUAGACAUAUAUAUGCAAACUUAUUUAAUGGGUAUUAGAGCUAUAAGAAAUAUUUGGACUAUGUACGAAGGUAGUAGAGAAGAAAUCUUAGAAUCUGGAGUAAUAAUUCGAAUUACAAAUUUAUUAGUAAUGGCAAAGGAACAAUUAAAAACAGAUACAAAAUAUAUAGAUUUAAUAGAAACUUGUUUAAAAGCCAUGUGUGUAUUUUUGGCUACGCUUGAUCCUCGAGUUGGGGAACAAUUACGAGGGGAAAAUGAUAUGCAGGGUUAUAAGUGUAUUAUACAAUGUUGUGAUAUGAAUAAUAAAAUAGCAAUCAGAUGUUUGUACAAUCUUUGCCAAAUUGCAGAAUGUCGACCUAUUCUGGGAAAUUUUGGUGCUAUUGAAAGUUUGAUUAUUCUCAUCAAAGAUCACUUGGAACUAUCUAAAGAAACAUUAGUCAGUUUAUGUUUGUUUUGUAGAGAAGCUGUAAAUCGUGCAAGAAUUAGAAUGGGAUUUGGCUUAGAAUUAAUGUUAUCAUUAUUAAAAGAUAUUAAAAAUGAAAAAUAUCAUCCUAUAUUAUUGCAUGCUUUAGCACAAUUCAUUUAUGAUGAUCCAAGUAUUACAAUAAUGAUAAAAAAUGGUUUGCUUGAUGUUUUAGUUAUUAGAUUGAAAAAAAUGGUAACUGAAACAGUAUCUUAUGAGGAGACGAACGUUUCAAGAAAAAGAGAGAAUGAUUCUCCUCCUAAUAAACAACUAGAAUUAAAAUAUAAUAAGACAAAUUUAGGAAGAUUUAGUUCAGAUUAUUAUCGAGAUGAUUGGAGUCCAGGUAGUGCUGUUAGUGUUUCUUCUUCACCUCCUAGUACACCACCAUUACCUUUUUAUGAUUCUAUUGAAAAUGAUGAAAAUACUGAAGACAAUUAUAGUCCAGUUUGUAGUGAUACAGAAAUAAUGGACAACGAAGACGAACCUCAAGAAGAAGUAGAAUCAUUAAAAAGUUGUAAAUCAAUAACUGUAAAUGUGGAAAAAUCUCAAAAUUCAGAAGAAGGAAAUAAAUCAAAUGUUUGGGAAUAUGCAAAUGUAUGGACAUUAGUAUUAUUAAGUCGAUUAAGUCAUUCAAAUGAUCCAGUUGAUCGAUUGGCUGAUCCCGCAACUAUUGAAGCAUUAUCAGCCUAUAUCAAACACGCUAAAAAUCCAAAAGCGUCUAGAAUUUUAACUAGAAUUAUAAGAAAUGGAGUAUAUUUAAUACCAUUAUUAAAACAAGGCUUCGUUUUUGAAGCUCAAACAUUAUAUGGUUCUGAACAGUAUACAAGACAACUAUGCGCCCUAGCAGAAACUGGCGGAGCGAUAGGUGAACUUACAUCUAUAUUGCUUCGUGGAGAGGAAGCUCAUAAAUUAGUUAUCGCAGUUUCGAUACCAUUCCUAAUCAAGUCACGAUAUAUUCUAAAAUCACUUCUGAAUAAUCAUGGUGGUCUUCGAUUAAUAUUUCAGAUUCUAUCUAAUCAACAACACAAUCUUUAUGAAAAUGCUAUUUGGUCAAUUUGUCGAUUAGCAAACACAUUGGAAAUUCAACCUGAGAUUGUAGAAAAGUAUCAAAUCAUAGAAACCAUUUCAGCAGAUUUUCCAAGAGUAUACGACAAUCAUCCGAAACCUGCAACAGUUACAUUCGAACUAGAUGAUGGUACGACUAUUGAUGCUUGUAGGCAAACACUAUGUCAAAAAUCGGAUGCCUUUUCAGCAAUGCUUGAAGGAAACUUUUCAGAAUCGGGUAAAAAACGUGUCAAAUUACGAAACACAUCAAAAGAAGGUCUUAAUACAUUACUUCUAGCUGCAAAUGGUUCGGCUUUCGAAAAUAGAACUAUUGAAUCUAUAUUAGAUGCUGUACUAUUGGCGGACAGGUUCCUUAUGGCUGAUAUAUCAGAUAUUCUUACAGAAAGUUCUAUAUCUAAAUUGAAUCAUAAAAAUUUGAGUAAAGCGUGGAAUUGGGCGAGAAUAAACUCAUGUCACGAACUAAAAUCUUGUUGCGUAAAGAGAUUUCUGACAGCUUCAAUGACAAAAUCUGAAAGAGUUCAAGCAUUUCAAGAUUUUUCUACUACCGACAAUUUUCAUGAAUUUUUAGACGAAAUAAAAAAAAUUAUAAACAACGUUUUGUGCCAACGUUAAUAAUAAAUUAAUUGUAUAUAAUUGUAAUAUUUAAUAACAUUAUUUUAAUUAUUUAAUCUAUAUUUUCUAAAUUUGAAACGCUUAAUGAAACUUUUAUAUAACAAAAUAUUUUACUCAUUCUCUACUUCGAUCAUGCUUUAUGAAUUUAUUGUAAGAUUUAGAAUUGAUGAAUAUUAAUAAGUAUACAAUU